AUGUCAUUUUGGUUAUUAAAGAUGAGUUUUAAAUGAUAAAAUUAUUGACUACAAGGGGACUUUAACAACAUAUAGGCAAUUAACCAUAUAUCUAGAAUUUGAUAAAGUGAAUAGAGUAAACCUUAGAAUCGAUAAACAUGCAAGUCAUAAACAUAAGCAAACCACUCCUAGAUUUAAGCAAACAAAACAACAGAGAUAUGGUCUGAGUCAUUUCUGUGAAGAAACAUUAUGCUUUGUUCUAGGAAAGCUCUUGUUUGCUUUUCCUAAAGAAGCGGGCACUGAAAUGUGAGGGGGUGACUAUAAAAAAAAAACCUGUCCUAAACGAUUCCAUUUUGCGUGAAGAAGAGCAAAAGCAGCUCUUAAUUUCUUGUUUACAGCGACAUCUGCUGGUGGACAUUUUAACAUUGGCCAGCACAAUUUCUCAGAUCUGCUGCAUCAUCAAUUGCUCCAUCUCAUCUACGACUGACUAAAUUCCCACGGAUGACCAAAUAUUCCCUAAGUGUUUUAUGAGGUUCUUUUAGGAGUCUCCACAUCCUCAAUAAUGUGUCUGAAAAUGUGUUUACAAUUAUAGCCCAGCCACAGCCUGCAUGUCAGUUUAAAGCGAUAGGCUAAUAAGGGGUGCCCACUUAUUUUAACAAAGAGGAAAAUAUAAAACAAGACAAUCAGCAGCAGUCAGAGGCAAGGUUAAUCGAGCUAAGGAGAGUUUUCAGUUGACAUUAGUGCAUGCAGGACCCGGUGACUGCGGUCAUCAUUCGACUGCGGCGGAGCUGCGGCUUCCUCAGCAGCAUCAGCAUCUCCAUCGACUCUCAUCUUUUAGGAGACUAGAGUGCCUUGACUUGCAAGACGAGGAAACGGCCCGAAUAUAUCGGCUUGGAGUUGUUUAGAGACGAAAAUUGAAGAGGCAAUGAAGUCUUAUCCAUCCAUUGCAGCUUGUUUUGUGUUAUUAGCAUGUCUGUCAUGUAUGAUGGUUGUGGCCUCUGCAACAAACCCAUACCAAAAACCCGGCUUCUUGGAUUUUGACUCCUGGUUCUGGAACACCCCUCGAGGGCCACAGAUGUACUCCUGCAUUACCUACAUUGAGAAGAACCUCCGGGUUGACUGUGAAUUCCCAGAGACCCACAAGAUUCCCGGGCCGUUCUGUGAAUUCAAACAGGAUGGGCGACUCAUGGGAUCCACCUACCCAAACACCCCAGUCCACAUGAUCCCACCAAUUGAGACCCGACGCCGAGCCAAUGUCUCCCUGGUGUCACCUAACAUUUGUCGCCUCACCUGGAUGCCUAUGUCUGAUGACCGUGCGUACACUUACACCUGCAGGGUUUAUCAGGGCAACACCUGGAAGGAGAACAGCAUGGCAUUCCACCAAAGAAAUCUUCUGGUGUGCUCUGCAUUAAGCAUAUUUUUCCACACUGGACCAUGGAUUUUUGCAGUUGUGAUAUCACUUCCUGUUUCUCUUGGGUUUCUGUCAGAAUGACCAGCCCUACAUCGAGCAACCUAAAACUCGAAGCCAUUCUUACAUUUAACUGCCUUUCACAUUUUAAGUUACAUUUAUAUUUAAUUUUUUAUUUAUUUAUUUUUUAUUUUUUGCUUUACAGCCCCAUUUAGGUUUUGUGGACAUCAAUGUCAUUACAACUUCAGGAUUCACUGUGAAAAGCAAACCGAUAUAAUGCAUGUGACCCACUCAAGUAUAUAUGGCCAAAAUUUGUUCAAAAUUAAGAUAAUGUAUAUCUUUAAUUACACUAAUAAUGUAAACUAAUUAAUAAUUACACUACUGUUCAAAAGUUUAGAGUCAGUAAGACUAUUUUUUUAAAAGAUGAUGCAUAUAAUACAUUUACAUUUAAAUACAUUUAUAAUAUUAUAAUGUAAAAAGAUU